AUGAACGGGAAUGACAAAAGUAUAACUAGGGAAAUUUUGCUAAAUGAAAAAAAGAAUGUAGACUCAACAACAGAAUCCGCAAAACUUGAAUAUGAUGCAAAUAACCAAUCAGAUUUCAGCUCAGAAUUCGAAUUUAAUUUCAAGAAGCACAUUACGGACAGUUUCGAAGUUAAAAACAAAGGAUUGUUUAAGCUUUCCCUAGGAAACAAAGUAAAUUCUAAAUCCAAUUUUGCUAAUCAUAGUGAACGUGUAGCAGACAGUGGAAGCAGCAAAAAACACCCAGGAACAAAUCGCAAGAAUAAUGAAUUGACUAAACCUAAACAGUUAGCUCAAACUAAAAGGGGAAGUCUCCUUGAAAACAAAGAUGAAGUAAUAACUAAUCUGAAAAAACACAUAAUUGUGAUAACCAACGAAUUUGAAAAAAAAUUAAGUAACAUAGAAAAUGCUGAGAAAGACAACUUUCAACUGGAACAAAUAUAUAAAAAUAAGUAUUACUUAGAUAUGAAAAGAGAAAAAAGUAAGGCAAUAGAAAUUUACGCCAAAAAUGAAGAAUUACUAAAGAAAAUUGAUUAUUAUAAUGAAUUUUUUCAAGAAUUAAAAAAAAAAAUUCGCUGUCUUCGGAGGGAUACUCUCACUCUUGUAGAACACUUUGGGACUACCGCAAAUAUAAAUUUCUUUUUUAAGAAUGUGAACGAUAUAUUAUCCCUCAUGCAAUCCGUAGAACAGAAAUGUUUCCAAAAGAAUACGCAUAAAGUGAAAGAAAAAAGUGAAAAGCUAAAAGUUGAUAAUUUGGAGCAUGUAAAAAAUGAAAACAGAAACAAAAAAAAAAAAUCCCCCAUGAAAAAUACGCUUAGAAUAGCAACCCCGUCUUAUGGAAAUCACAAAAUCGCUGCAAGUUACAUACCUGAAAUACAAGAAAAAACACAAAACCUAUGCUUUAAUAAAGAAAUAUAUUUGUUGAAUGAUUCAUUUUUAAAACAUUAUGAAAGGACAAACAAUCUAAAUGAUAAUGUAAAUAGCCCUAGAAGAAACAAAAAUACAUUUGGACAUAAGAACAAAUUAAGAAAAAGUAAUGUAAAAUUAGGGAGUACACGAACUGAGAAUAAUAUAGAUUCUAAAAAAAGACGCAAAGUUACAAAUUUCACCAUACGAAUGAAAAACGUUUCUCCUGAGAAUUCGGAUGACAUUCUACAUUUGUUGAGAAAAACAAGAAAAAUUAACUAUUUAUUAAGAAAUUAUUUAAAGACAGAAUAUGAUAAAACCAUGAAUUAUCCAAAAGAAAAUAUAAACAGUGAUAGGAAUGACGAUGAACCAUUUAAAUUGGGCAAGACUAAAGAAUGCAUAUUACGCAGUGACAAUAAUAGAGGUUCUACAUGGAAAAGGGAACACAUUGCUUAA